CAUCCAUAGCUAUUCGGCCUUCAAUGGAAAGUGGGCCAUGCCCAGUCAAAACGGAGAAAGUUGGAAAUGAAAUAGUGACAGUUUUCUUUUGGAUUUGUUUUUGUGCAUGUGUUAAUGCACAAAUAUAUCUCAUCUAGAUGAAUCUUGGAACAGAGAUUACCAACACGGCGGCUACCGUCAGGCCUCGAGGGUCUCCGUUGUGUUCUAAAGAUGCCCUUACUGAUGAUUUUGGUUGGACUGUGCAAGCAGUCCUUGCAUGUUUAGCUUUCACAUGUCUUGUCUUGAAGAGGUUUUGUGAGCCUAUUCAAAGAAGAAGAUCUUGGCUUGUUUGGUUCUAUGACACUUCGAAGCAAGGUCUUGGUUCACUUGUUAUUCAUAUGGCAAACAUAUAUCUUGCAACAUUAUUCCAGGGAGAUCCAUGUACAUGGUAUAUUGUCAGUUUCCUCUUAGACUCUUCAGUAGGUCUACUAGUCAUAUAUGGAUGCAUUCGGCUUACAGUGAAACUAGCAGACAAGUGGAAAUGGCGCUACCUCUAUUUUGGGGAAUAUGGAAACCCUCCAAGUGCUAAAGCCUGGGCAGCACAGUCUGGAGUUUAUAUGGGAAUAAUGGUGGUAGAAAAAGUUCUCAUAACUUUUCUAGUCCAGUUGGAGUUUUGGGACAAAGUUCGUGAUCUGAUACUCUCCCCUAUAACAGAUCCUAAGGUUGCCAUUACAGUUGUUUUAUUGGUGAUACCCUUCUUUGUCAAUGUUCUUAUGUUUUGGGUGACUGAUAAUUUCCUCAUGAAGAAACCCAAGAGAGGUCGAAAGCGAGCUGUUCGAUACCAAAGAGUAGUCAACAACAACAGUAGUCCGGAAAGUUUACCGGAUGACUCUGAUGCGCUUUUAUCCGGAGAUGAAGAUCUGCUCGAUUCCCCCGAAGAAACGGCCACCACAACUCCAUUGGCCUUCAAGAAUGUCGACGAACUACUCAAUGUCAACCGAAGAAACAAUUCGGUUGUGUAAUGUGUAAAUUGUGCAUUCCUCUUCGGUUUACUUUUAUUUUUGAAAAUGACGACGAGUUCUGAUUUGUGUAUAUAACGGAGCAAUAAUAUACUGACAUCUAGUGGC